AUGGCCAUGAAAACUCUUUUGACCACAAAAAUGGUUGAAGAAACUUUGGUAAGGGAACAUAUUCUUAAAUUGAUGAGUCUAUUGAACGAGCUGGAAAUUCUUAGUGCGGUUAUUGAUAAGGAGUCUCAGGUUAAGAUGGUCCUACAGACUCUGCCAGACAGUUUUCAGCAGUUUUGCUUGAAUUAUAACAUGAAUAAGAUGGACUUAUCUCUUGUGAAACUGUUGAAUGAGCUGCAAGCGGCAGAAUCUAUCAUUAAGCAACAAGCUCCUCCUGCGACGUUGAUGGUUGACAAAUUUUUGUCUUCGACUUCUAAGCCAAAAGGCGAAAAAAAAUAA